AUAGCUGCUGGUUGCAGGGGAGCUGGUGACACUGGAGUGGGUCUGGAAGGAGUAUCCGCUCAGGCAUCCACCAUCUGUGGCCUCUACCUGCUGAUGGUGCUCUGCCCAGGAUCAGACCAGGUCCUGGUAGCCUUGUAAAGGUGCAGUGCUGCCUCUGCCCACAAAUAGUGACAAGGUCAAAGUGCAGAGUGCUGUUUUCCUCCUCUUCCCUCUAAUCCCAAGCUCUUGAAGCAAAGAGGCUGUAAUGGUGCAGACAUUCAGGGUGAUAGUUCUCGGCUGAUGAUUCAGUCCUUUGGCUGUUUCCUCCUGGGAUGCACAUGGGUCUGACCCUGUCAUAGGUCUGCCUGAUAACCCUGGCGUGCUGCUUUCCUGUCCCAUGUGUCCCCUGCCCUGAGCACAAGCAGCAGCUGGCUGUGGUGCUGCUGACAAUCGUGUAGAUAGAACAUGCCCGAGGAUCCUGGGUGAUCCUCGAGGUUGGUGUGGUUCCUCCUGUGCACCUGGAUUUGGGGUGAGGAGGUGGGAGCUGAUGAACUGGCCUUGAGAGGGGCCUGGAGGAGCUGGGCACAGGGUUGUAAUAUGGGGUAAAUCGGAUUCCAACUGUUCAUGGCAAUGAUGAGCCUGCUGAAUCAUUAAAUUGUUGCCAGGGAUCUGAGGUUUUCUUUGAAAGGGGUGAUGUUACAAAUUAAUUAGCUCCCUUUUGGUUGUUAGCACUUUAAAGCCCAGCUGUCAGGGGAGAGCUGGUUUAUAGGCAUUACAUCAGGGCUGCCGGCUGGCUCACUCGCCUACCUGGGAAUUUCUAAGUGUGCGUUUUAACACGGGGAAGUUUGCCUUGGAUGCAGCAUCUGGCUCUCAGCAGAGCUGCCGCGAUGUGCUCUCCUCAGCACAGGGGUUGGAUUGGGGAUGAGCGGUGCUGCCGGGGGCACAGCCUCAGCAUGCGGCUCCCGGCGUUGCUCUGCUCGCUUGCAGGGGAUGCUCUGAGGGGUUCCUGCUCUUUGUUUAAUCGAGGGGAGAGAGCGGGAGGCUUUUCCGAAGCAAAAGGGGCUUUUCUGGUGCCUGGAAGCUUGAACUGCGUAGCGAUGCCCUGGGAGAGCUGCGUGUGCCCGGCAGGCGGAUCCAAGGUGCUGGUGUCUCGCCCUGCCUGGAGCCUGAGGUCCCGCGUGCCCAUCCGCUUCCCGACGUCACCAAUGCGACCAUGGGAACUGGCAGUGAAUAGGCGGCCGCCCUCUGCUCCUUUUAACCAGCGCCGUUUCUCGGGGGGACCCUGCAGCAGCCCCGACCACCUCCGGCGAAGCCCCCCUGCCAGGCGUCAGUGGGGACGACGCGACCGACCUCUGGCAGCCCUGCUGGGCCAGGAUGAGCCCCAGCUGCACCCUGCCUUCCCCCAGCAGCCGCACGGCCCUGUAGAUGAGCCCCGCGCAUACGCUCUCCCCAGCACGCCGCCACGAAUGCUUCACCCGGCCGCUCACCCGCCCCACCAGAACCCAUUCAUGGUGGAUCUGCAUGACCAGGUGCACCAGGGACCCGUCCCUCUCUCCUACACGGUUACCACCGUCACGACGCAAGGCUUCCCCAUCCACACCGGCCAGCACAUCCCUGGGUGCAGCACCCAGCAGCUCCCAGCAUGCUCAGUGAUGUUCAGUGGACAGCACUACCCGCUCUGCUGCCUCCCACCCCCGCUGAUCCAGGCAUGUGCCAUGCAACAGCUCCCCGUCUCCUACCAGACGUUCCCUCCCAUCAUCUCCAGCGACCAUUACAUCCUGCACCCCCCACCACCGCCAGUGCCCCCCCACCAGCCGCCCCACAUGGCCCCUCUGGGGCAGUUUGUACCUCUCCAAGCCCAGCAUCCGCGUAUGCCUCUGCAGAGGAUAGACAAUGACGUGGACCUGCGAGGGGAGCAGCACCCCAUCGCGGGCUUCACGUACCCCCCGUCCCACCACGCUCCCACGCUGUCCCCCUCCGUGCCGCUGCAUUACCUCCCCCACGACCCGCUGCACCAAGAACUGCCAUUUGGCGUGCCAUACCCCCACAUGAUGCCCCGGCGGCUGAACACCCAGCGGUACCGGCUGCAGCAGGCGCUGCCCCCCCCGCCGCCCCCUCCGCCGCCUCCCCCGUACUACCCGAGCUUCUUGCCCUAUUUCCUCUCUAUGCUUCCUGUGUCACCGACGGCCGUGGGGCCCACGAUCAGCCUGGACCUGGACGUGGAUGAUGUGGAGAUGGAGAAUUACGAGGCACUGCUGAACCUGGCUGAGCGGCUGGGAGAGGCCAAGCCGCGGGGACUCACCAAAGCAGACAUCGAGCACCUCCCGUCCUACCGCUUCAACCCCGAGAGCCACCAGUCUGAGCAGACCCUGUGCGUCGUGUGCUUCAGCGACUUCGAGGCCCGGCAGCUUCUCCGCGUCCUGCCCUGCAACCACGAGUUCCACGCCAAGUGUGUCGACAAAUGGUUAAAGGCGAACCGCACGUGCCCGAUCUGCCGGGCGGACGCGUCGGAGGUGCAGCGGGAUGCGGACUGAGGCAGGCGGGUGCUGUGCCGCACAAUUCGCUAGAGGACGAGGACGCCGGGCCAGGGGUGGGGGCCGCUGCCCGCUGCUAGGGCCUGACCCUGCGCUUACCCCCCCUCCCCAAAGCCUCUCCUCGGAUGUGGUGAGCAUUGAGCAGUCCGGGCUCCCGGCCAGCCCUCCUCCUCCCCGCCGGGGCACGGACUCGGCUGCGCUCCCAGGGCCCCGAAUCGUGUUGUGCUGGAGGCAGGAGGCGCGUGGCCGUGCCCUCCACGCUCCAAAGACGCUAUUGUUGCUCCAUCACUUUCCAGGUCUUUGUACUCCGUUAGGGAAUUAGUGUUUUUUCCCUUUGUCACUUUUUUUUUAAUGGUAGUUUGGUCCCCCCCCCCACUCCCGUUUCCCUUUCCGUCGCGUUUUUGGUUCCGUGGCCGUUUGCCCCAGCGGCUCCUCCCCUCGGCGUUGCUCAUGGAGGACGCGGGGAGGAGAGAGAAGGGAGCGCCGCGGUUUGAUGCAUCCCGAGCCGCAGCGCGGGGCCGGGGGCAGCCGGAGGAGGUGGCCAAGGUGGGACACCAGCAGCCUCGCAGUGUGGCCGGGGCAGGAACGCCUCCAUCCCCGCUCCGCACGCAGCCCCUCUCCCGCCCCGGCUGCCCAGCGGAGCCCCGGAGCGUUGUGGCUGUUUGGGGUCUUAGCCAGUGGGAGGAUGGUGCUGGCACAGCCCCAGCCCCUCUCCCCGUUCAUUCCCCCAUUCCCAGCACAGCUCCCGGGGCUGGGCCAUGGCAUCCUGUGAUGCCUGAAGGGGGAAGACCCAGCCCCGUCCUCGCAGCCAUGGGCGCGCGGUGUCCGCGGUGUGCCGCCCGGCCCGCGGCUCCCGCUGCCGUUUCUCUGUCCCGCUGCCAUAGAUUGGAAUAGCCCCGUGCCCCGUCCUGCUGGCGGGGGGGCCCGGCCGGGGGCCGCGGGGGGGGGUUUAUCCGUAACCUCGUGGUGUAUUUUCAGUGCUACCCCCGGCCCUGCCCCAGCCGGUGCGGGGGGAGCUGUGAGCAGCCCCCCGCCGCCAUAUCCCCCCCCCCAUAACCGUGUGGGGCUGGGCGGUGUGGGGCCAGGAGAGAUGCUGCCGCCCGGCUCCAGCCAUCCCGCGUGGCCGUUGUUUUGCAUGAUUACUUAGUGAGGAGGGUGACGGGCGGGGGGUGGCGUGAGGGCCGCCCUCCCCUCGCGGCGCGCGUUGCUGACGCCUGGGAGCCUCCGAGCGGACGCCAGCCCUAUGUAAAUGUUCACAAAUAUGCAUGCAUGUCUGACCAGCUUGGAACGUGGUCUUGGCUACGUGUAGCCGGCUGUGGGGUGAGGGGGGUGGGGAGAGGGGUUUUUGUGCUCAGCUGAUACUGCCAUGCACUGUACUGCACAUGUCCGCAACGCCACAGCAGGACCGUGAGACUUUUCAGGGCCGUCCCCGCGGGGUCUGCGCCCCUCCGAGCGGGAGGUGGCGGCGUGUGCAAGGGGACGGGGUGGGAGGGUGGCGGGGGGACGCUCCCCGCGGGGCGGGGGGCCGGCGGCGGGGCUGGCCCCGGGCAGCGGCCGGGUGCGAGGCCGGGGGCACAUGGGGGGGGAGCGGGACCGCGCUGCCCGCGCUGCCACGCCAUUGGUCCGGAGGGGCCUCUCGCCAAUCAGCAGGUGUCCGCCCAGCCAAUCAGGUGCGGGGGGGCGGCAGGCGGCGCGGCGCUAUUGGCUGGCUCCCCCUUGCCUCCCUUUCCCAGCCUCGGCGGUCCCCGCGUGCGGAGCGUCGAGGCCGAGGGCCCCGUCCCGGCGCCACCAGCUCCGCCGCGGGCGCUGGCACCGCUGGGCUCGGUGCCCCUUGGGCAGGACCCCAGCCCCUCCCCGUCCCUCACUCAGUGACUGAUAACCAAAGGAGUCCCCGUGCCCUCCGGAGACGCCCCGUCCUCCCCUCCCGUCCCCAUUCCUCCCCUCCCGCCCUCGCGGUGCCCAGGGAGCCAGGAAAGCCUUACGGUCCUUUGACGGCGACUCGAAAGCUCACAGCUCGUGUGCUGCAGAAUUUAUUCCAAUGAGCAGCUAAAAGUAUCAUUUAAGAAAAAAAAAAAAUAACAAAAAGAAAAAAUGACAAAAAAAAAAUACUAAAAAACAAUUAUUUAGGGUGUUUGUGAUUGCUGACUGCGCUGUAGAUACCACUGUUUACCAAUGAUUUCCUGUGGUGGGAUAGUGGACUGUUUACUGUUCUAUUAUACCAGUCCCCGGGCCCUCCGGUGGGACCCCCGCGGCCCCCGCGGCUCCCCGGAAGGUGCUAGGACGUGUGUUCUGUGUUAGAAAGUUUUUAUAUAUAUAUAUAUAUAUAAAUAUAUAUAUAUAAUUUUUUUUGCUCUGUUACUUGCACAUUUUACAGUUACCUCAUUUUUCCCAUGUAUGUAUUUGAAAAAAGGCUAAUAUAUAGAAAAAAAAAGGUUCUUAAAGCUCUAAAAGUGUUUGUUUUUUUUCCAUUCCAUUGGAAUCAUAUUGGUUUUGUAGCAUUUAACAUAACUAGUAUGUUGUAUUAUAUAUAUGUGUAUUAUACUGAUUGAAAUUUUUAACAGAUUUGUACUUUUUUUAAAAUGAAAGUUGCUAGUUCUGCUUGACCAAGUAGUGCAAUCAUUAUUUUUUUUAAUGUUGUGGCUGAUUUUGAGAGGGAUAUUCACUAAUAAAUGUAUGAUGUAUACCAACA